CCGUAACGAUGAACGGUUCCGACGUUGCCAACACCAGCACCCCCAGCCCCAAAUCCAAGGAGGACCAAGUAGCGAACGGCCACGAUGAAAAGGAGAGCAACCCCUUUGCGGAGUACAUGUGGAUGGAGAACGAGGAAGACUUCAACAGGCAGGUGGAGGAGGAGCUGCAGGAGCAGGAGUUCCUCGACCGCUGCUUCCAGGAGAUGCUGGACGAGGAGGAGCAGGACUGGUUCAUUCCCUCCCGCGACCUGCCCCAGGGCAUGGGGCAGCUGCAGCAGCAGCUCAACGGGCUCUCCGUGACCGACGGGCACAGCUCCGAGGACAUCCUGAGCAAAAGCACCUUGAAUCCAGACGCCAAGGAGUUCGUGCCUGGUGUGAAGUACUGACCUUGGAAGCUGGCUCAGAAAGACUGUGUCCGUCUGCCACGGUGGGAAG